AUGGCAACGUCUUCGACACAUGCAUUCUCAUCGACAUCUCCGAACGUAUUCCCAAGGAGGACAUCGCCUCCUACCGCGGCAGGCCGGUCAGAAAAAGUAAGAGCGAGAGUCCUUGAGUACCGCAUAUCAAUAGUUAGGCGUAUGGUGCUUGAAGCGGCUGUCGUUGGACUGGUGGAUCUUUUUGUAACUUUGCGAGAAAUGCAUAUGGGCCGCUUGUAUCCUACAAACUAUGAAAAGAAGUCCUCUCUUUAUAGACAAUGA